AUGGUCUCCGUCAAGGCAAGCACGGCUGUUGGACGUGCCACCGACCCUGUCUCGGCAACGAUCAAGGCGUUGGAGAAUGCGGUCCGAGCAGUUCCACUCACAUGCAAAGCGCAGGUGGAAAUUACGUUCAGACCAGAGACCGACGCGCUCGAGAGACGGCUUCAAGCUCAGCUCGACACCUUCCCUGCCAAAGUGGAAGCCAUCGGUGGGCGCACCUGCAACAUUGCAGCUGAACUGGCAAACGCGCGAUCGUCCAUAGACGAAAUGCGGCUUGAAUUGCAGCAUGCACAUAGUUUGCUGCCGCGUCCUAAGCCUCCCAGUGCUUCCUUCCAUCGCGAGGUUGACGGCAUCAUCUUCAAGAUUGUGCCGCCCACGACCGUCAAGAAGGCUAACGUGGCUUCAUUGAAUGACGAAUUAUUCAAAGAUGUGAAGAUCGACGUGCACCAGCUCGCCGGGGAACAUAUCGGCCGCACCUUCAUUGCGCAGUUAAUCGGAGCAGCUGCAGCCCUCCCGGGCCACCUGGAUCCGCUGGACGAGAUCGAGGCGUCGACCAUGCGGGUGCACCUUGUGCAGGUGGAGUUCCGGGAGCGGGUGGGCGCCCCCGGCCCCGCCCUCGAGGGCUGCGCCGUGCACUGCGCGGUCCUCGCCACCGGGGCGGCGGUGGCCGCCAACGGCACCGCGAUGGCGCAGGGCCUCGCGCUGGACGACACCCUCUGCGGAGUGGCCGGCGUUGAUCGGCCCGGGGACAAGCCCACGCUGGCGCCAGUGCCCGCGGGCUCGCCCGCCCCGCCGCCCCAGCCCUCCGGCAAGCCGACGAAGCCCGGCUCCGAGGUCGUCGUCGUGCUGCAGCGGGUCGGGGUGACGCUUGCGGCCUCCGGCGGCUUCGUGGUCUACAGCCCGGCGGAGGGGGUGAUGAUGGCGGUGCGCCCCAGGUACCUGUUCGACGAGCUGGAGUUCAGGGAGCGGGUCGGCGCCCCCGGCCCCGCCCUCGAGGGCUGCGCCGUGCGCUGCGCGGUCCUCGCCACUGGGGCGGCGGCGGCCGCGGGCGGCGCCCUGGCCCCGCAGGAGGGGCUCGCGCUGGACGACACCCUCUGCGGAGUGGCCGGCGUGGACCGGCCCGGGGACAAGCCCACGCUGGCGCUGGAGCUCACGGGCUCGCCGGCCCCGCCGCCGGAGCUGGAGAGACUCGAGGAUGCCUUGCCCUUGGAGCAGCACGAGAGCUGA